UUUUCAGAUGGACACUGAGCCACUGUUUAAAGAUGUCACCUACUACACUGUAGGUGACAUUGAUUCGAAGGUCAUAGAUUUGCUCAAUGAUGGAGGUGCCAAAAAAGACAGCUAUCUUAGUGAAAUGGUCAGUCAUGUUAUUGCAGAUGACUGUACACAAAAUGAGUAUUCUGAGGCCAAAGAAUUAUUUGAACUUCCUGUGGUUACGAGUAGCUGGGUCAGGAUGUCUGUUCUGUGUAAGAAGCAGCUAGAGUUAGACCUGUUUAGUCCAGAGGAUAUGAUCUUCAGUGGAGUGGUUGCUUGCUGUUCUCAGUUGAGUCAAGAGGAUACAAAUGCACUUUGGGCCAUGCUAACAACCAAUGGAGGAAAGUGUCAGGGAACCCUGGAUAAACACUGCACUCAUUUAAUAACUGGAGACAAGCAAGGGGCUAAGUAUGAAGAAGCACUUAAGCAUGAAGGAACUAUUAAGAUUGUAUGUCCAGACUGGGUAACAGAUACAUUAUUAAAGAAGGAGUGCCAAGAUGAAGAGCUUUACCAUCCCAGUCUACUGAAGUCACCUUCAGAAAUUGCCACCCCUCCUUUCACUCCCCCUCCCACCACCAGUUCUACCCCUCCAGAACCAACACCUAUGGACAUAGAACAACAGGAAGAACAAGCAAAACAACAAGCCAAACUAAAACUGAAGGCCCAGGCAUUACAACAGCAUGGAAGAAUACAUCAGAAACAGGAUGUGGGUGUCGGCCGAUCGCCAGCCAAUCAGGUGAUUGCUCAGCAGCUUGCUGCAGCUGUUUUAGAGAAGAGACUAGCUGCUGAAGACGGAAGUCACAAGGCCCGAAUGUCUUCGUCCCCGAUCACUGCUAAUGCUAAACAAGCACUGGCCCAAAUGGUCAGCAGUCGUAUACAGGGAACUAGACCAAGGCAGAAAUCCCCAGGUAGGACGACCCAGCCUCAUACUGCCAGAUCCCCAGGGGCCAUGCCACCCAUUCCCCAGGUCCCUUACAUGCAGAUGCCACCACUGGGACUUCCAUCUUUUCUACCAUCUGAAAUGCAGCGCAUGGGCAUGCCACGACCACUCAGAAACAUUACCAAUAGAGCAGAACUACCCCCACAUAUGCCAGGAAUGAUUCCAAGUCCAAACAAGAUGAACCAGAGGAUGACCUUUAACCCUGCCAUGCCCCCUGGACAUAGGCCUCCCCCACCACGUUAUGUUCCUCCAACCAUGAAUCAGCAGAGUCAGCCCCGCCCCCCAUUGUCAAUGCCAGCUACCUACUGGGGUCAUGACCCUUCAGAUAAUUUACCACCAGAAAUGUGUCUGUUGGGCUGUGUGUUCUAUAUCACAGACUACUUGAAGAUUGUUGGACAACCACAAAUUGAUAACUGGAAGAAGGUGAUUGAACAGCAUGGAGGCCAAGUUGACCCCGCCUACUCCAAUCGUGUCACUCAUCUUCUGUGUGCCACUCAGCAUACUGAUGUUUUCCAUAUUGCUCUAAAGGACCAAAGAAGAGUUGUGACAGCCUUCUGGUUGAAUGAUGUCCUGGUUAAGAAGAAGAUGCUGCCCCCCUGGCAGGCCCUCCAUCUUCCUAUCAUCUAUGGGGAGGAUAAGCCCUGCAGUAAUCAGAUUCUGUGUGUAACAAACUUUGACGGGGAGGAGCGUCUUCGGGUCAAACAGAUGAUCAACGCCAUAGGAGCUAAAUACACUGGUUAUAUGACUCACGGGAACUCAGCAGUCAUUUGUGGCAGGCCUGAUGGGAAGAAAUUUGACAAAGCCAAUGAGUGGAAAAUCCCUGUGGUGAAUGUACAGUGGUUAAGUGACCUAGUUUUAGGGCAUCUGGAAGCUCUGAAAUUGCCAGUCAAUCCUAAAUAUCGGAUACUAGGACAAGAGAACCAGUUUAAUCUAGAUCUAUCCAAAGUCCUACAUUUAAUGGUGGGUUGGCAAGUUCCUCUAAAGAUACAAAAAGAAACAUGGAAGAAAUUCUUGCCAAAUCAGAAAGCCCGGCAAGCUCUACAGAGUCAAGAGAAUGAGGUGAACAAGGAAAUUAAUGAACCAGCUGUGAAGAAACAAAAAAUCAGUGUAGAUGAUCCCAGUGUUUUACAGAAUACAUCACAGCCAGUGAUAAUCUUUACAGGAUUUCCUAAGGGACAAGUAAAGAAGCUGCAAAUGAUUGUCAGUCAGCUAGGAGGGAUUUCUACAGAGAACCCCCGACACUGUACACACCUCGUGGCCCCCUCCCUGUCCAGAACCAUGAAAUUCUUCAUUGCCAUCAAUGUUUGUAAGCACGUCAUCACUAAGGAGUGGAUAGAUGCAUGCAUGGCUCAGGGAACAUUUGUUGAUGAAACACCAUACAGAUUGAAAGAUUCUGCAACAGAGAAAGCAAUGGACUGUGUAUUAGAAGACUCAUUGAAGCGUGCUCAAGCCAAAAAGCUCUUUGAGGGCAUGUCUUUCUAUAUAUCUCCAAGUGUGUGUCCACCAUGUUCUGAUCUGGAGAAGGUUGUAGAGGCAGCAGGGGGAAAAGUUCUCAGACAGCGACCACACAUUCAGACGUUUCUAGAGCAAAAAGAUACAAAUGGGAAUAAGAAGAAUGUAAUGAUCACUUGUGAAAAUGACGUCAUGUUGUACAAAGAUCUAGUGGACAAAGAUAUUGCCAUCUACAAUGCAGAGUUCAUCUUGACUGGGGUUAUGAGACAGACUCUGGAUUAUAAAUCAUUUGAGAUUGAUGUUCAUUGAUUCCUCACCGAUUGUGAAAGCAGAGAAAACUGAUAAACAUGUGUGUCAAGUGAAAUGUGUUCUUCGGACAGUAAAGGAUGUUUGCAGUGAUUAGGUCCAGCUUGAGCAAAGGCAGAAUUUAUCAAUGUGUUGGAUUUCCUUGUCAGGAAACAGGAAUCUCAUUUGAACUAGUUAUGCUCUGUUGUUAUACAAUGAAAAAUGUAAACACCCCCUCCACAAAAAAAAAAAAUAUGCACAAGGCAGCAGAAUUUUUGUAAGUUAGAAUCCUUUUAGUUCAUAUUAAGUAGUUUAAUUUAGUAUUGAUGGAAUGAAUUGUGUAAGGCAAGACAAUGUACACUGUACUUCAUUAUGAUUUAUCCACAGAUGUGUGAAAUACAUGUACUCCCAAGGCAGAGAAUUUUCUGUGCUUGUGUUGUAUGAAUGAAUUUAAAGUACUGUUUGUAUUGUACAUGCUAUGCAGUCAUUGUGUUUGAUAUUCUUGAUAAAACCAGUGGGUUUUUUUUUUGUUUUUUGUUUUUUGUUUUGUUUUUUUUUUUUGUUUUGUAGUCCAUGUAUAGACUGUGCUAAGAUGUGUGUUUCCAGUGCUGAAUCAUUGCAAAUUAAUUUGUUUUUUAGUCAUAUAUUUUACUAUAGAAUAAAAUGCUGCCUGCAGUUUGAUGUGCAUGCGAUGUUCAAAUGGCCAUUUUCAACACCUAUCCCUUUGGUGCCAAAUGCUCUUGUAUUACUUUUGAGCUCUUCCCUCUCGCCUUUUGUGUGUACUGUAUUUAAUACUCAGAACUGUUCUGGUUACCAGUCUCCUCUUGUCUCCCCAAAUCUAUUCCUUCCUGUUUCGCAUACAAUUUGUGUUCAUAUUCUGACACCUACAAUCAUUUAAGAAGACAAAAUUACAGACUUCAGAACUUCUCCAAGUAGUUUUGUAUUAAUGUCACAUAUUACUUUCAUAUUCUUAAUGUCAAAGAAUAGUUAAAUGCUGAUUAUGAACUCGGUGCCCAGAGAGAGUACCGGUAUUUUGCAGAACACAAAGAGGGAAAUUUUCACAAUUUAUACUAAAGGAAUAAAGUAAUGUGCAAGUCUUGUGGUUUACAUCCCGGAAAAAUUAUGGAGGAGUACUUUUGAGAUUCUAGAUCAUUAUGCUACUCUGUAUAUAACAUGAUUGCAUCAUGUUCAUGGUUAUCAUAAUUUCAUUUUCUUUCUUUUAUACCAUGAAAUCUAAAUUUCUUCCUCCAGUAUUAUUUUAAUGUAAAGCACACAAUUUUGAAGCAUUAUUAUUGACGGUUGGGCAGACAGGAGUUGUAAUGGAUAGGUUUCAUAUGAUGUAUUUUUCCUUUCAGUUAUAUUACCCUUGGUCUCCAUUUUUUAGAUCGAUCUGGUGAAUUUUCUUUUUUCCAUUUUGACUUUUGGCAGAAAUACAAGUAAAUUAGAAAAAAUCUAAACAGAAUGCUUUCAGAAAAAAUAUAUUCUUUCAAAAAACAGUGUUUUUUACAUCUCAAUUUCCAACAAGACAAGUUUAAUUUCAAACUGGUUAAAAAAUUAAGGAAUUUCCAGUAUAGUGGCCAAAGGGAAUUCAUUCGUGGCCCAUGAUUUUCUUUUAUUUUACUAUUACCGUAUUUUUAAGGAUUAUUUCGUUGAAAAAAUUAUAUAGUUUUUUUUUUCAGUUUUGUUCUUUCAUUGUACAUUGUACAUGUAGUUGAAUAGUCAUCAAAAAUGUAUGUUCAAAGGUUUUGAUAUUCAGCAAUUGCAUAACAGCAGUGUAUGUAAUGGGCAUUUACUGUGAUUCUUGGGAGGUUUUAUGUGAAAAUGAAAUUUUAUGCAAGAAAAUAAUUUAAAGGUUGUUUUAUGAGUUCUUCUCCUUUGUUAACAUCAAAUAUUUUGCAUGAAGCUUUUGUAUGAGAAUAAAUUCAUGUUGAGCAUGUGAAA